AUGUCGAGCAGCCGAAGAAAUUAUGAAAGAGAGGAAAACGAUUUGUCGUAUCGCUCCCAACGCGUAGAAAAGGAGGGUUUACCGCGAACUACGUAUAGGGAUGCAAGAGAAAGUGGAAGAGGUAGACAACGAGAGGGAGGACGAUUUCAACGAGAAAGAAGUCCAGAGAGAAGAAGCGACAGGUAUGCGCGAACGCGGAAUUUCAAUCGAACGAGUGAGGAUGAGUCUGUGCGAUCUCAGGACCGGGAGCGAAACCGAAACCGAAAUCGAGAUUGGGAUCGAGAGGGUGAGCGUGGGCCUGAACGCGACCGGAUGGUUCGACGAGACCGGUAUGACCGUUACGACCGACACGACCGUGAGGAAAAACGGAGAGAAGAUGUAGGAGAAAGGCCUAGAGGGGGUGGUCGAAGGGGAGAGCAAGAGCAAAAGCAAAAACAAGAACGGACGGAGCGACAAAAUCGACGUGAUUUCACGACUAGCAGCUACCGACAAGAGCGCGUGCAACCGGUAUCAUCACCUCCAAGGAGAGAUGGUCAACAACAAAAAAGACAAAGUGAAGGAGAGGAUAACUCAUUAGAAGCAGUGCCUUCUACCUCCUCGGCAAAUGGAAAUAGUCAAGAGGAAAUUUCCGUGCAAGAAGAAUUGGACCCGGUGGCCGACAUGCAAAGUAUGAUGGGAUUUUCGGGAUUUGGAACGACGACGGGAAAAAAGCAUGGAGACGUUGGAGACGUCUUUAAGCAAAGAAAGGCAAGAUAUCGUCAAUACAUGAACCGUCCUGGUGGAUUCAAUCGUCCUUUAGAACGCGAUUGA